GGGAGCAGCGCAAACACCACGGCCUUGCACCAAGUCGAGUCUACGCAUGCGUGUGACGUCACGUAGACGUCCGCGAUCUACCAGCGAGAGAUCGGCCAAUCGGUGGGCGCCGAUAGAGCAGGCCGGAGCGGCCCCAUUGGUGGGAUCCGGGGACCAGUCAUCGUCCGAUCCAGCCUAGUUAAAUGAAACCGGAUAAGAUCAUGGCACGUCUUACUAAGAGGCGACAGGCAGAUACGAAAGUCAUUCAGUACUUAUGGACAGCCAUAGAAGUGAUCCGAAAUCAGAAACAGAUCGCAAAUAUUGAUCGUAUUACUAAGUAUAUGACUCGUGUUCACGGGAUGCAUCCUAAAGAAAUCACACGACAACUUAGUCUUGCUGUAAAGGAUGGCUUGAUAGUGGAGACGCUAACCGUAGGAUGUAAGGGGUCUAAAGCUGGUAUUGAGCAGGAAGGAUACUGGUUGCCGGGGGAUGAAAUUAUGAAACAUCACCAAAUUCACGGAAGAGAGGGAAAAUCAGUGAAUUCACCUGAGGACUGGGAGACAGAAACUCACGACUGGUACUGUUUUGAAUGUCAUUUACCUGGAGAGGUGAUGAUAUGUGACCAGUGUUUUCGCGUAUACCACCCUAAAUGUUUACCUGAUGAUUUAAGACUCAGAGAUAGCAGUAAUCACUGGCAGUGCCCGGUCUGUAAGAGUAUGAAAAAGAAAAACACAAACAAGCAGGAGAUGGGUAAAUACCUGCGAUUCAUUGUGUCCCGUAUGAAGGAGAGGGCAAUUGAACUGAACAAGAAAGGAAAGGACAGCAAACAUCCAAUGUACAGGCGGUUGGUGCACACGGCUGUCGAUGUUUCCACUAUUAAUGAGAAAGUAACAGAAGGAAAGUACAAGAGUUACGAAGAGUUCAAGGCAGACGCACAGCUGCUCCUACACAACACCAUUAUUUUUUAUGGAGAUGACAGUGAGCAGGCUGAUGUAGCAAAACUUCUGUACAAGGACACAUGUCAUGAGUUGGAUGAGCUGCAGCUCUGCAAAAAUUGCUUCUAUUUAUCAAACGCGCGGCCUGACAAUUGGUUCUGCUAUCCCUGUAUCCCUAACCAUGAGCUUGUUUGGGCCAAGAUGAAAGGUUUUGGCUUCUGGCCUGCAAAAAUCAUGCAAAAAGAUGACACUCAAGUUGAUGUUCGUUUCUUUGGCCAUCAUCACCAGAGGGCCUGGAUUCCUUCAGAGAAUAUUCAGGACAUUACAGUCAAUGUACAUCAGCUCCAUGUAAAGCGCAGUAUGGGCUGGAAAAAGGCCUGUGAUGAGUUAGAUCUGCACCAACGCUUCCUACGGGAAGGGCGAUUCUGGAAAUCCAAAGGAGAAGACAAGGGGGAGGAAGAGGCAGAAUCUAGCAUCUCAUCGACUAGUAAUGAGCAGAAGGCAACUCCGGAAACAAGAGCCAAGAAAGGACGACGCAAUCAAAAUGUAGAACCCAAGAAGGAAGUGGUAGAGCCAGAACCUGAAACAGAAGCCGUGAGCUCAAGCCAGGAAAUCCCCACUCUACCACCGCCAGUGGAGAAGGUGUCUGUCUGUACACAGACCAAGAAACAGAGUGCCUCCUCCCCAAGAAUGUCGCACCACGGUACUCAGACCAAUAAUGAUGACGUGUGUCAGAACAUGUGUCAUGACAAGUACAGUAAGAUCUUCAAUGAGUUCAAGGAAAGAAUGAGCACGGACAACAAAAGAGAGACUGAAAGAGCCGUACGAGAAGCGCUAGAUAAGCUGCGAGCGGAGAUGGAAGAGGAGAAGAGACAAGCGGUUAGUAAAGCCGUGGCCAACAUUCAGGGAGAGAUGGACAGAAAGUGCAGGCAGGUGAAAGACAAGUGCAAAGAAGAGUUUGUUGAAGAAAUUAAGAAGCUGGCAGCACAACACAAGCAGCUGAUCUCCCAGACCAAGAAGAAGCAGUGGUGCUACAACUGUGAAGAGGAGGCGAUGUACCACUGCUGCUGGAACACCUCUUACUGCUCCAUUAAAUGCCAGCAAGAACACUGGCAUGCUGAACACAAGAGAACCUGCCGCCGGAAAAGAUGAAUCGUUCCUUUAAUCGUUUCCGUGAUCUCAAUCCUCAAACUCUGCGUUUUGUUUUUAAUUUUCAAGAUGCCGUACGUGCUUACUUUCUGCGUACCAUUUUUGAACCAGCUCAUAGUUUGCUCAGUGCCGGACAAUAUGCUUAUUGCACAGCUCCAGUACUGAAGUGCUGAAAACCUUCUUCACAAAGACAUGUUUUGCACAUUAAAUAUUGUGCUAGUCUUCUUCUAACCUGUUUGCUGCCAGAGGAUCCGGCAUUGCUUUGCUGUUUAGGGCUUGGCGGCUCUUCUGGGAACAAUCAUGGUUAGACCGUACGUUCCUGUCAUAACUAAAGUUGUGAGGAAUUUAAACUGUUUUACAUUCAUUAUGACAUUAUUGCUGAUAAACGGUAGUUUUUCUAGACAAUUUUGCAUUUUCAGGUUCAAGGCAUUUUGUGUUUAUAAUCUUUUAAGCAAUUUAAAAUAAUUUUAACAAUUUUAUGUCUGCCAAGCAGCAGGUCUUCUGUUUGAAAACAAAGAAAAAGGCAUCAUUCUUUUUUUUUUUUUUUGGGGGGGGGGGGGGUGCCUAAAGGAGAAAUCUUGGACCAUAAAUCCAGGUGGAGGCAAACAGAUCCGAAUACGAUGAGCCCAAUGUUUGGUGACAGACACUUCUGAUGAAUCAGUGAAUGUAAAGAACCUAUAGGGGGGGCUCUACUACCUUAAGCAAGGCCUCACUUCCAAACCUGCCAUGCUUGUUCUAUUACAUUUCUCCUACUAAGAAAUAAGAAAGGCAUUAUGAUUUUAGUUAUUCUCUACCAAGGGGUUUUAAGGUUAAAUUUUAGGGAACAGGGUUCACAAAGCAAGAAUUGUUCUUGCAUAUUUUAUUUGUAAAAUAUAUCCCAUGUUUGUUCAUUACUUAUUUUCAAUAUAUAACUUUUAUAAAAAAAAAUGAAAUAUAUUAACUUUGAUUGCAUAGUUAUAAAUACAGGUAAUCCUAUCUUAGAGCAUAAAAAUUACUUUUCGAUUUGCACAGUUCAUUGUCCUAUGAAGGCACACUUACAGUGACCACGCAAACCAAGAAUCAACCUUGGAUGACUUCUUACAGGGUUUAUUGAGAUCUCAGCUGUUCCAUUUAGAAGUAAUGCACCUGUUCACACUACUUAUAGGCAUCUGAUUGUAAUUGUGGGUGUUUGUCAAGGUAAUCUUGCUCUGAGCUUCUCUGAUUGACAUCCUGCAAAUUAUGUUGCUUCAUAAGUAGGAAGCGUGUUUUUUUUUCCUCAUUUACUUCUCUAAAUUCUGACUACCAAAUUCAUGGUGUUGCAGGUUUUACAAAUUAUCACCAUUGUCUGUGCAGGGUAGACUGUGUAAUGUUAUACCCUAGCUACCAGCUCAUUGCACCCCCUAAUUCAAUUUUCAAGUGUACCUAGAGCUUAAUGCAAACCAAUAUUCAAUACAGUAUAUCGGUUCACUAUGGACGUAAGUGCCUCUUGGCUCGGUGGAGUCACCAGUCCUUUCCUUUGGUUCUGCCUACAGUAUAGCCAUCUCCAUUGUUGGUGAUAGGUACACUUUUUCUCUUACUGGCAAGUGAUUUUGGAGGUACAAUGUCAACCCUGCAUGACUUCCUCGAAAAUACCCAUAAGUAACUUGUAGCAUUUACAACCUUCUAUAAACUGCUAUUGAACUCUUUGGCAUUAUACCCAACACACUAAAAUAUUGCAUUUCCUGUCCACUGGUGUUUGCAACCUGAUGCACAGCAGACAACAUUGAAACUCUUGAUGUUCACAAAGACUUUUGAGUAACAGCCAUGCUUCCUCACCACACACUGAAUGACGAUUAUUGCAUGUCAGAUUCCUUGUACAAUGUCAGUUUUUUGUAACAUCUUAUGGACUAUUUCCCAUAGGAAUGGAUCGAUAGUUGAAUAACAUUUAUCUUAUGUUAAUCUUUCAGGUUGUUGGGGGUGGGGUUGUUUUAAAAGCAAUUUACUUUGUUAGCCACUAUCAUCAUUUUACUCUGUAUUUGAAUUAAUCUUGAUUAUAUUUUUAUUUGAUAAAGAAAGAGAUUUUGGUGUUUAAUGUGAGAACUUGAAGAGGGGCUGUAGAAAACCCUAACGAACUAGCUAUUUGGAAGAAAGAAUACUGAGGAAGAGUUGUAAAUAUUUAUUUAGAUCUUUGAUAUUUAUUGCAAGCGAUUAGACAAUGGAAGUGGAAAACUUGAGACCAUAAAUACACUGGGGGACAGGUAUGUUAACUGGUGUACAGGUAAUUGGUGGACCUGCAAAGAAAGGGUCCGUUAACUCAGAGCAACCAGAUUCUUACUGCACUUUUUGGUACGGUUUAGGGGAAAAUAUGAAUCAAACAUUUUUGGUUGCUUGUGAAUUACGGUGACUUCUUUUUCCUUUUCUUUCCCAUGAUUACCCAUGCACCAGUUCUCACAUUACCCAUUGUUUUUCUUAUUCAGUUUCAUACAUGAAACCAGCAUGAUGUGACUGUAUUCUAGCGAUAUUUCACAAAUCUCUUCCACAGCAUAUUAUUACAGCUAAACCACUCUACUGAUAUAGUGGCCUGCAGUAAAAUCCCAGCAGCAGGGAGGUAUACUUUGCAAGAUCUGCAGUAUCGAUCCAGACCUAUGAAAGAAAGUGUAUUGUGAGAAUACAUUUGAUGUAAAAUCAUUCCAAGAAACAUACAAUAUAGCGGUUAUCUGCAUGAGAGUAAGACUUGUGUUAUUUUGGUUUAUUUUCCUGUGUCCUUUGACAUGGUUGCACAUUGCAGAGUUAAAUCGGUGUGAAAACAAAAUUUAACAAUUAAGAUUGUGGCCUGGUUUUGUAUAUGUUGUAAGUUAAAAUAUAGAAAAAGCAAAAAUGACAAAAAAAAUAAUAAAAACCUGUUUUGAAACCGUUAUUACAAAAAUGAAUUCACUUCUAUUUCUUAAGACGUUAAGCUUGGCCACUAUGCACAUUGUAAUUAUCCAUUGUGGCUGGUCUAGUUCUAUGAUACAUUCUGCCAUUUUGUAAGCUGCUCUUACUAGCAAUAGGUGUUAACAUUUGUUAAUAAAUGUAUUUAAAAUGAAA